GACUGCACAAGUUGAAUGUUCACACAACCUCCAGUACACUACAAGCUGAAGUAUAGGCUAUCCAGUUGAAGAAUGGGGGGACUGACUCUGACCCUGCUGCUGCUGUGUCUGUCUGGGACUCUCAGUGAAGAUGCUGGAGAAGACAACCUCAAUGACAUCAUGGUACAGAUUCAUCCUGAACAGGGACAGGACAUAGAGAAUGAAUACAAGACUCAUAACCAACACUCUGAACAGGGACAGGACAUAGAAAGUGAAGUUAUUUUCAAACAGAAUCAAGCACCAUCCCUAGCAGAGACAAACGGUAGCUGCCAGCCAGACAUGUGUAACCUUCUUAGGCAUCUGGGAGCCAUGGAGGCCAGACUGACCACUGCAGAGAACCAGGUGGAAGAAUGGAGUAACAUGGAGGCUAUUGUUGCUCUUCUACAGAGAGAAACUGAAUUUCAAGCAGCCCAGCUCAGAGUCAUGGAGACCAAGCUGGGCACCAGUGAGAGCAUGAUGAAGAGCAUGAAGAGAGAGAAUGAAGUACAGGAGAGGAAGCUUCAAGUAUUGUCAUUUAGAGUCGACGCCACUGAGUUCAGAGUGGAGCAACAGCAAAUCCUGCUAGAUGAACUGAGGAGACAGAGUGAAGACGGAACAAAGAUUGCUUUUACGGCAGCACUAGGAGGAGAUGGCCAUAUACCCCCCUCUGAGAGAGAGACCAACUUGGCAUUCAGCAACGUUUUCACAAACGUUGGCGAUGCCUACAACCCUGGAUCAGGUGUCUUCAAUGCGCCAGUGAAAGGAGUCUACUACUUCAGCUUUUCAUCAUUUGCCAAUAGCCAGCAUAACGUCUGUGUAAGUCUGUUUAAGAAUAAUGUACGCAUGUUGUCUGCGUGUGAUCAUCAUUCAGAGCAUGAUAGCUCUGAUAGCUCUGGUAAUGGAGGGACACUACAUCUAGAACAGGGAGACCAUGUCUACAUGACUCUUCAUGCUCAUUCACACAUAUUUGCAGACUUCCAAAACCGCAGCACAUUCAGGGGCUUCCUGCUUUUCAGAACAUAAGGAUAAAUCCCAUGAAAACAAAAAUGGAAUGUGUUUCUAAUGGCACACUAUUCCAUAUAUAGUGCACUACUUUUGACCAGGACCCAUAUAUCGCUGGGAAAAAGUAGUGCUCUAUAUUGGGAUUAGGGUGCCAUUUGGGAUUUAGCCAUUUGGGAUUUAGCCAUACUGUAUGUCAGCACAUUUCCAUGGGUAAAAUACAAUGUUCAAAUUAGUAGAACUAAAAAUAAAUGACACAUUUUGUCUGAAAAUAACUAUUCUGCAAUAAGAGUUUGUUUGUGAAAGUAGUGAGAUGUAAAAGACUCUGCCCAAACGCUUUCUGAGAAAUGCUCUGUAAUGUUUUAAAGGGACUGAUUAACGGAAAAUGAACACAUUUGAGAGAUUGUCAAAUGAUUCCAGAGUUAGCAUAUGAAUGUUGUGUGACAUAAAAUAUGGAUUUUAACUCGAAAUAUGACGGAAUAAAUCUGAGAUAUUGUCAAAUCCAAUGUGUUUGUAUGUCAUACUGUACACUUCCUACGAUGCAGGACUUUUGACUCAUCUUACAAACUAACAUAGGCCUUAAAAAUGUAUAGAUUAAGAUUACAAUUAGAUUCCCACUGGGCACCGGUUGAAUCAACACGGUUUCCACUUCAUUUCAAUGAAAUGACGUUGAACCAAAGUUGGAUUGACGUCCGUGUCCAGUGAAUUGCUCCCUUGUCUUGAUUUAUUGGCAUCUGUUCAUGUUUUCCAGAAAAGAAUAAUUCUGCACCAUCUGGGUCAUUUCCUCUAUGAUCUACAGAGAGUAAUGUGUAGACCAUGGUGACUGCUGGGUUCCUAGAAGUGUGUCAAGGCCAUAAUAAUAUUAUAUUUUAUUUCAGAGAGCAAAGAUCCUUUGUUUUUAGGUCACUUUGUAGCGUUUCCUUGUAAUGGUUGUUAAACUGAUUGUUGGGAAGAUUAUGCCCCUGACAUAAAAGAGCUAGGUAUCAAGUCCCUACCAUAAAGUUGUAAAAAUUAUACAUUGGC